AUGGUGAGCGUUCAAAACAAUACGAAUGUGGAAUUGAGUCCAGCAAACCUCGAGUCAACGGGCCUCUCUAUCGUGGGGCUUCCGAGCGAUGGCCAACAGGGUGAUGGUCUGGUCGGAGGUCGUCUUUCAUCAUUAGACGAGUCCGACGUUGAAAUUGAGGGCAUUGCGUCCGAUGUGUCCACGAUCUACAGCAGAAAUCCGUCCGUUGGAGGAGCCUCCGUGUUACUGCCUUCCAGUCAGGUCAACUGCAUCAAAUGCAGGCAUGAAGAGGUCGGAGGGAGCGAUGAUUUUCGACGAAGUGAAGAUAAAGCUGAGUUUGCGCUUGGCGCUAAUGGUGGAAUAUGUCACCCUCAGUAUUAG